GUGGUAGCGCUCGGGCGCCAUGUUAGGACGAAGGGGAAGGAGGAGAAGCGCUUAAAGCGGCGGGAGCGGGUGCGGGAGUGGGGUUGGACCCAGGGCUGAGGCAGGCCGCCGCCCCCUCCCUCCCGCCUCAGUGGAUCAUGCCCAGGGCGGCAGCGGCGGCGGUUGCGGGGGGGAAGUGACUGGGCGGUGCCGGCGCAGGAGACGAUGCCGUUAUUAAACUAGACAAACUUGGUGUGAAUUUAGAAAUCUGAGUCUUUAUCCAGUAUUCUGGUAACACAGUUGGAUUAGACCGGGGGCUUUCCAAGCGUUGUGUUCUGUGUGACAAAUGGAGAACCUGAAUAUUUGAGAAAGAGAAAAUGGGAAUCUGCAAGAAAGCUUAACCCCGCAGAGACUGGGCACUCAUUUUGGUGGUCAUCCACACUCAGCUGGCAAUGAGUUUAGCUUCUUCAGAAAGGAAAAGAGUACAGAUGAACUGUUACUUGCUCAAAACUGAACAACAAACAAAACAAAACAAGCCACUAGAGGUUUAUUAUUUUAAGUUAGGAGAACAUGAAUUCAGUUUACACUUAACUUGAAACCUCUCCUUGCUUAAACCAAGUGUAGCUAGAAGAACAUUACACUUGUUUUCAUUUCCUGCUCUAUUAUAUUAAAAUCAUUUAUAAAGAGUAUUCAUAAUGCUGGGGUGGUCUUGAAGGACUGUAGUUUACUUGGAGAAACCCAUAUGAAGCAAUGAACAAUGCAAGAGAAUAGAAUUAUGCUAAGAUAUGUGUUCUGUUUGCAGUCCAGUUACAACGCAGGGAUCACAGCCACCACAGCCACCACAGAAGCACUAUGGCAUUACCUCUCCCAUCAGCCUAGCAGCCCCCAAGGAGACUGACUGCCUGCUUACACAGAAACUAAUUGAGACUCUGAAGCCCUUUGGGGUUUUUGAAGAGGAAGAGGAACUGCAGCGCAGGAUUUUAAUUUUGGGAAAAUUAAAUAACCUCGUAAAAGAGUGGAUACGAGAAAUCAGUGAAAGCAAGAACCUUCCACAAUCUGUAAUUGAAAAUGUUGGUGGAAAAAUUUUUACAUUUGGAUCUUAUAGAUUAGGAGUACAUACAAAAGGUGCCGAUAUUGAUGCGUUGUGUGUUGCACCAAGACAUGUUGAUCGAAGUGACUUUUUCACCUCAUUCUAUGAUAAGUUGAAAUUACAGGAAGAAGUAAAAGAUUUAAGAGCUGUUGAAGAGGCAUUUGUACCAGUUAUAAAACUGUGUUUUGAUGGGAUAGAGAUUGAUAUUUUGUUUGCAAGAUUAGCACUGCAGACUAUUCCAGAAGACUUGGACUUAAGAGAUGACAGUCUGCUUAAAAAUUUAGAUAUAAGAUGCAUAAGAAGUCUUAACGGUUGCAGGGUAACCGAUGAAAUUUUACAUCUAGUACCAAACAUUGACAACUUCAGGUUAACCCUGAGAGCUAUCAAACUGUGGGCCAAACGCCACAACAUCUAUUCCAAUAUAUUAGGUUUCCUCGGUGGUGUUUCCUGGGCUAUGCUAGUAGCAAGAACUUGCCAGCUUUAUCCAAAUGCAAUAGCAUCAACUCUUGUACAUAAAUUUUUCUUGGUAUUUUCUAAAUGGGAAUGGCCAAAUCCAGUCCUAUUGAAACAGCCUGAAGAAUGCAAUCUUAAUUUGCCUGUAUGGGACCCAAGGGUAAACCCCAGUGAUAGGUACCAUCUUAUGCCUAUAAUUACACCAGCAUACCCACAACAGAACUCCACGUACAAUGUGUCCGUUUCAACACGGAUGGUCAUGGUUGAGGAGUUUAAACAAGGUCUUGCUAUCACAGAUGAAAUUUUGCUGAGUAAGGCAGAGUGGUCCAAACUUUUUGAAGCUCCAAACUUCUUUCAAAAGUACAAGCAUUAUAUUGUACUUCUAGCAAGUGCACCAACUGAAAAACAACGCCUGGAAUGGGUGGGCUUGGUGGAAUCAAAAAUCCGAAUCUUGGUUGGAAGUUUGGAGAAGAAUGAAUUUAUUACACUGGCUCAUGUGAAUCCCCAGUCAUUUCCAGCACCCAAAGAAAAUCCUGACAAGGAAGAAUUUCGCACGAUGUGGGUGAUUGGGUUAGUGUUUAAAAAAACAGAAAACUCUGAAAAUCUCAGUGUUGAUCUCACCUAUGAUAUUCAGUCUUUCACAGAUACAGUUUAUAGGCAAGCAAUAAACAGCAAGAUGUUUGAAGUGGACAUGAAAAUUGCUGCAAUGCAUGUAAAAAGAAAGCAGCUCCAUCAACUACUACCUAAUCAUGUGCUUCAGAAAAAGAAAAAGCAUUCAACUGAAGGUGUCAGAUUGACACCUCUGAAUGACAGCAGCCUCGACUUGUCUAUGGACAGUGAUAACAGCAUGUCUGUGCCUUCACCUACCAGUGCUAUGAAGACCAGUCCAUUGAACAGUUCUGGCAGCUCUCAGGGCAGAAACAGUCCUGCUCCAGCUGUAACAGCAGCAUCUGUGACCAACAUACAGGCUACUGAAGUUUCUGUGCCACACGUAAAUUCCAGUGAUAGCUCAGGGGGUACAUCGAGUGAAAGCAUUCCUCAAACUGCCACACAACCAGCCAUUUCAUCACCACCAAAGCCUACGGUCUCCAGAGUUGUUUCUUCAACACGUCUGGUAAACCCACCACCAAGACCUUCAGGAAAUGCAGCAACAAAGAUACCUAAUCCUAUAGUAGGAGUCAAGAGGACAUCCUCACCUCAUAAAGAAGAGAGUCCCAAGAAAACUAAAAUGGAAGAGGAUGAAACAAGCGAAGAUGCUAACUGUCUUGCUUUGAGUGGACAUGAUAAAACAGAAACAAAGAAAAAUUGGAAAUCUUCCUCCUUCCCCCAAAUUAUCCUGAUUUCCAUGAUUGAUAUUUUAGAACAGCUUGAUACAGAGACAAGUACAACUCAAUCAGAAACCAUUCAGACAGCGUCUUCUCUUUUGGCCUCUCAGAAAACAUCCAGUACAGACCUUUCUGAUAUCCCUGCUCUCCCUGCAAAUCCUAUUCCUGUUAUCAAGAAUUCAAUAAAACUGAGAUUGAAUCGGUAAAAACAACCUCAGGGGUCCAUAAACAAUAUCUGCCAACUCAACCUGUUGUCUUCAAAUGCUAAAAAAGGACAAUGGAGGGUACAAGACUAGACAUGACUGAAAAUGGAUUUAGGUUUAUUUUGUGACCUCCCUUACUGGGCUAAUCAGCACUUGAUCGGAAGUCCAGGUUAGUAUGUGAAGCCAGGAGUACUAUUAUUAUUGUGUUAGCAACAGUUGCAUUAACUAUUUCAAAGAAUUACUGCCUUUAAAACAAACAAACAAACAAAAAAACCCACAAAAAAAAACCUCAAGCUAUAUUUGUAUUCAUAAUUGACAUCUGGACUGGGUUUAUGUUUGCUGCAUUGUUUGGAAAAUUUGCAAUACAAACUGGCAUAAGAAUUCCUUAUUCUGAUGAUGCACUUUUAUGUAUUUUUUUUAUUAGAAAGUAGAACUAAUUUUAAAAUUUCAGCUUGAUGGAUUUUCAUUUUUUCCUGAAGAAUUUCCUUUACCAUUAGUCUUCACAUCGGAUGCCAUUAUGCAGAGGCGUACUGUUAUACUUCAGAGAAAGGAUAAGAGUACAUCUAGUUCAGUCCCCGUGAGGUACCUGUAACCUUUAAAAAUGAAAUGACAACUCUAGGGUAUAUAUUUGACAUUGAAAGAAUAAUUAGGAAAUACUUCGUUUUGAUGGGGUUAUGAUUAAGAAAUGAUAUAUUGGUUUUAUUUAUAGAAUUGUUGAGAGUGCAUACAAAUCAGCGAUCAGCCAGCGAAUAUUUUUCUUUGAGCUUGUUAAAGCUCCAUAUUCUUUUGCCUUCAAUCUGUUGUCUUUGAAACAAAGCUUUCCACUUCCUCCCCCUUCUUUUUCUUUUCCCCCUUUUGCUUGUAUGCAUAAGGUAGGACUUCUUUCAUAAAAAACAAAAUGCCAGUAUUUUGUGAAGCCAUGAUGUGAAACCAGUGACCCUGUGGCCACAUGGCACAGAACACUAAAUUUUGGUCCCAUGGCUGAAACUUUAGGGUGACUAAAAAUAAUGCCUGUGAAACAUGAUAUCUCUCUUGGAUGGCUGGCCAUUUGAUCUCUAAAUAUGAGGAAUUUUGUACACUCCACAGAACUCCUGUCUAUAGUAAGGUUGAUUUUCAGUUUUAAAUGUGGGCAAAAAGGCAUUUUCUUCAAGAAUUUUAAACUAGUUUUUAUUUUUAAAUGGUUGACCAAAAUUUGUCAGUAAAAUUUACAUGCAGAAACAUUUAAAAAUCACUUCUGGCAAGCACUUGACAUCUAGUCAGCUCUCUACUCCUUUUUUCAUUUUGUUUUAUCCUAUCAAUAAAUAAUUCCUCAUAAUUAAGCAGCAGAGCAUUCAUCUUUACAGAAUAUGAGGGAUGCCAGAUGUUGAUAAACUUAGUUAUUCUUUAUUAAUCUGGACAAAGCAAACCUAACAGAUUUUUAUGAUGAGCAUGUUUUAUGAAUCCUCCAUUGUGCUCCAUUCUAUCACAUGUGCGUUUUUCAUGUUAAACUGCAAUUACUUAAACUUUUCCCCUAUCCUUCUAAAUUAAUUUUCCAAAGUUGGAGUGCAGUCUUUUCCCCCUUAGGCUAUGCAUUAAUUGAGGCUUUCUUUUCACCAUACUUUGUAAUGUCUAGUAUACAGUAUUUCUACUUCCCACAUCUUUCCUCUGCACAGUCACCUUGCCCUUCCUCCCACCACCUAAGAAGAAAAGAUGGUCAGACUAACAGGUGAAGUCUACAAGGUGUCUGUGUGUUUUGUGUAGCUUCAGAGUUAGAUUGAAAUUGCCAGGCACAGGUUUAGUCUUGUCAUUUUGUUUACACAUUGGGGAAAAAGAAUUCAGUUUAUUAAACGUUUCAUGUAACUGCACCCAAGUUUUGCCAAGCUGGGAACUUGGACCUUUCUGUGUAGUGACUUUUUAAUUCUAGUUUUCAUAACCUGGAGAUCAGACUGUUGCUUUCGCAUGAUGUACGUAGUGUCUCAUGACUGGAGUUUGCUUUGUUUUAUAGUAUCUGUACUCCUUGUAUUUUUCAAGAGCUAUUUUGUAAACAGAUGAUGUAUUUCUCCAUUGAAAACACAAUAAAAAAAAAAAAACAGCACAA